GCACUGGAAGUGCUACAUUAUCGACCGGGCUGAAAACCGUUCCGUCUGUUUAUAUUUUGGGUUUUUGAUUUUACCUUAUCAACUGCUCCAGACAGAGUCGAGUGGCCUCAAAUUGACAACCGCAAGACGGUUAGGUUCUUAUUAAACGACCCACAAAGCAACAAAACUGGCCCCUCCACUGCCUGUCACCAUGCCCGCCCUACUGGAGAGACCCAAGCUGUCCAACGCGAUGGCCAGAGCCCUCCACAAACACAUCAUGAGGGAGAGGGAGCGCAAGAGACAAGAGGAAGAAGAGGUGGACAAAAUGAUGGAGCAGAAGAUGAAAGAGGAGGAGGAGAGGAAGAGGACAAAAGAAAUAGAGGAGAGGAUGUCUUUGGAGGAAACCAAAGAACAGGUCAUGAAGAUGGGGGAAAAACUUCAGGUACUCCAGGAAGAGAAGCACCAGCUCUUCUUACAGCUUAAGAAAGUACUUCAUGAAGAGGAGAAGAGGCGCAGAAAGGAGCAGAGUUGCAGUUUUGUCCUUUCUAGCGAUAUCACAACAUUGACAUCAGCCAGCUAUCAACCCAGCCUGCCCAUGCACGCAGGACAGCACCUCCUCAACAUUCAAGGCAGUCCAGUCAGCCACAGUCGACCUGGUGCACUACUUGGAGAACGUAGUAAACAGCUGUUCCCAGCUGCUGUGAUUCCAGCUCGUCACUAUCAGACGCCCGGGUUCAGCUCGGGCUCGGCAGAGCACGGUCAGUUCAGCGGGGGCCAGGGGGUCCAUGAGCCCUACGGGGUGGCUCAAGCCCAGCAUCCCUCCACCUACGCCCCCGGACCAUCAGUACCUGUCAGCUUCGCCAGCAGCUCUCAGAUCAGAGGUGCGUCUGCAUUUCAGGCCAUGCAGUACCUCCCCCACCAGCAGCCCGGAUACCCCGUCCACAGUCACUUCACCUCCCAGCCUGGAUACAUUCCAGGAGCAGGAAUACCGCUCCAGAAGCAGCUGGAACACGCCAACCAACAAUCAGGCUUCACUGAUGCAGGUGCUCUGAGGCCUAUGCAUCCACCAGCUAUGCAUACUUCUGCUCCAGGACUGCUGCCCACACCAUCGAUGGCGGUCCAGAUUCCCACUGCAAAGGCCCCGUUCCAGAGCUCUCCCCAGGGUGCUCCUCGUCACGGCUUCCUCCCCCACAGCCAGAGCGGGCAAAGGUUCUACCACCACGGCAAGUAACUCACAGCCACCGUCACCGCCACGUCACAGCUUCACUCAAAAGAUUCUGGAGAACCUUUCGGACGAGUAAUGAAUCAGCUUCUUAGCAAAAAAAAUAAGAAGAAUUUGGUUGGAUUAUGCCAUGUGAUUUGUGUUUUUACUUCCUGUACAGUACUUUCUUUGUACUUCUAUCAGCAGUCCUCAUGCUUCUGUGCUUCUGUAAACAUCCCUCUUUCAUUUUUUUUUUUUUUACAUAACUUCAAAUGUUAAUUUGUAAAAUAGAUUAUUUUGCCUACACUGUAAAGCCGUUCUGAAGGUGCUCAUGUGCACUCAAAUGUUAAUAUCUUGUAUAAAGCAGGACAACAUGAA